UUAGCAUGCGUCAUCAUCAUUUCAGCAGUUGACAAAAAGGUUAAAAUCGGCAAGUUUUUCCUUGUGGUUUGUUUGUAAAAAAGUUCCAAAAUAAAAAGGUUAUUAUUGUAUUAUAUUAUACUAUUUCCGCCAUAAUUUCCAUGUUCAUACAAUGAAUACAACAUUAACGCGAUCAAAUGCAGUGUUUGCAUUCACCCUAUCAAAUUUGGCUUUCUUGACGGCUUUUCUUGUUCUGUCUACGAUGACUAAAGAUUAUUCAAAAUUGGCUGAAGUUAAAGUGAAUAGUGUACGAAAAUUGGUUAAAAAUGUUGCCGAUUAUUCAGCUGGCCGUGAACGUAAUGAUUUAGGAUUCUUAUCAUUCGAUUUAGAUGCUGAUUUUAGCCCCGUAUUUGAUUGGAAUACGAAACAAUUGUUUCUUUUUCUAACCGCUCAAUACGAAACAAAAACGAAUGCUUUAAGUCAAGUUAUUCUUUGGGAUUAUAUAAUGUUACGUGAUGAAAGUAAUCAACAUCGUUUGACAUUACGUAAUCAACAUACAAAAUAUUAUUUCUGGGAUGAUGGCAAUGGCUUAUUGGGCAACAAUGUUACCUUAAUAUUAUCCAUGAAUGUUCUACCUAAUUCAGGAUUUUUGCCGAUUCAUUCGAUUCCAACAUCUCAACAUAAUUUCCUUUUUCCCAAUCAGUAUGAUUCGAAAAGUAAUGUAUAAUUUUCUGUAAUGAAUGUGGACCAAAUUGGAUUUUCAAAGCUUUUUCAUUAAUUUUUUUUCUCAUACCAUUACCAUUAAUAAAGAAAAUUGAACGAAAAUUCUA